GAAAAUAUCUCUUUGGUCAUAGGGAGGCUCUUAAUUUUCAGGGUUUCGUCACGAAAACAAAACCCCAUUUUCAAACACUACUUAAUUCAGAGACAAUCCCUCGAAAACAAAAUUUACAAAGCAUCUCCCUCCUCUCCCAUUCAUGGCUUUUCAUUACAAGACACAAACAUCCCUCUUAGAGUAUUUCCUUGGAUUGGUUUUCGGUUUUGUAUUUUUCUGGUUAUUUCCGGUUUAGCAUUUUGGUUUUAUGCUUAAAUACUGUAGCGCGGCACUUUUUCAUUUUUGAAUAUGAAUACAGAAAAUCUUUUCCCAAUUCUCUCUUCUCUCGUUCAGCAAUCUUCUCUCUGUGAUCGUCUUCUUCACUGAUUCAUUUUGCAAAUCGCAAUAUGGUAUCAGAGCGGAAGAUACUGCUUCUAGUUCUCUUUUUCGUCUGAUUUUCUUGUUUCUUUUUCGAAACAAUGGCUGAUUUCGUGGAAAAUCCUAUUUCUACUCCGCCUCCGGCAUUUUCGUCACAUCCUGCUCCAGCGGCUCAGCCACUGGUGGAUCCUUAUGCUAAUCCUCUUUAUCUACAUGCUGCUGAUAAUGCGAGUCUGAUUCUCGUUACUGAGAAGCUGGUAGGUGAAUCCAAUUAUCAUGUUUGGUCUCGUGCUGUGAUGAAGGCCUUAAACUGUAAAAACAAGCUCGGAUUCAUCACAGGUGCUGUUUCUACACCUCCUUUUAAUCAUCCGGAUUAUGGUCUUUGGUCGCGAUGCAAUGAUUUGGUGUCUACUUGGAUUUAUAAUUCUGUUUCUUCUGAGAUCUAUACCUUAGUGGUUUGCCUUGAUACGGCUUAUGAAGUUUGGCGGACAUUAGAGCGUACAUAUAAACAGAAUAAUGUUUCGAAGAUUUUUAAUAUUCAGCAACAGAUCGAUACUCUGUAUCAAGGAUCGCAGGGGUUAGGACAGUACUAUAAUCGCUUAUCAUCACUUUGGGAGGAGCUUAAGAAUCAUGAACCGAUGCCUUAUUGCAAUUGUGUUGGCUGUACUUGUGGAGGCUGUACUUGUCAGCUGGAACAACGCUGGCUUGAUUUUUAUGAUCGUCGGAAUGUUGUUCGGUUUUUGAUGAGAUUGAAUGAUUCUUUUGGUGUGGUGCGGCGUCAGAUUCUGAUGGCAGAUCCACUACCUGAUAUUUCCAGAGUUUAUAAUCUUUGUUGUCAGGAUGAACAACAACGUUUGACUCCUUCCAAUCCUCCUGAUCAAGCUGUUUUUCAAACUAGUGCUGCUAUUGUCAAGUCGAAGCCAUAUGUUCCUGCACAACAUCAACCUAAUUCACCAAAUCCAAGACCUCGCCCAGUUUGCACACAUUGUGGUAUUACUGGUCAUACUGUGAAUCGUUGCUAUAAGAUUUAUGGAUAUCCUCCAGGUUUUAAACCUCAAGGAAAUCCUAGUCAGUUUCAAGGGAAUUCUGGACAACCUCAAUGGUCUUUCAAAUCACAGCAGUUCAAUAAGCCUCGUCCAUCUUUUGGAGAAAAACCUCAGCACUCAGUUCACAUGGUUGGUGUUCAAUCUGCACCACCUUCAGUUGAUGUUAGUCAGAUUGUUUCUGAUUCAGUUUCUGGCAAGAUUACUGUUGCACAAGCACAAGCAUUCUUAUCACAGUUGUCAACUCAACAAAAGGAUCAUAGCUCCACUUCCAUUCCUUCUGGUUUAUCAGCCUCUCUCAAUUCACCAGGACCAUACUCAGGCCUUGAUGAUUGGCAAGGGUAGACUGCUUCACAAUCUUUAUCUUUUGGACUUGGAUUGCACUUCCACUUCAGUU